AACGCUGCCGGCUGUGCUGCCUGUUCCUCGUGAACGGCCGUCGUACUCUUAUAAUACAACACUUACAACUCGCGUACCGCGACGGUGCAAUUGACAUAAUACUCUGUUUAUCUGUGCAGCGCACGCGACUUGUCGCCUCCUCCGUCGUCAUACGCACGCAUAAUACAUUUUGACCACCGACCGUAGUCGAAAUCACCUCAUCGUCAUCGUUAUCAUCGCCAUCAUCAAUCCACACGUGCACGCAGCGUAAUGCUGAAGUUGUACUGUCUGGCGUGCCUGGCAGCCGUGGCGUCGGCCGCGGUACUGCCGCCGCCUUGGGCAGACCCGUUGCAAAAUCCGUGCGCUCUCGAAAAGUCGGGCGGCUGGCAGCUUCUGUACUGGCCGGAAGACAAGAAAUGUUACCGAAUAUUCCAACGUGGUUACCCGUGUCCGGAGACGAUGGAACUGGUACCCCGACCGGACCGCAAGGGAUCGGCGGAGUGUGCGUGCCCGCCCGGAAGUGCCCGGAGCGUCCGAGACUCCAGGUGUCAUCAGCUGUUCCGGAUGAGCGAUACGCCUUGCGACGACGGACAAUACUUUGCGCCCGGUCCCGAAAGGGAGGAUCGAGAGCGAUGGGGCACUUGCGAGGAUCCGGUGCCUUGUCAGGAUAAAGAUCAAUUGUUUUGGCCCAAAGACAAACGGUGUUAUCGAAAAUACAGCAAAGGACCGUGCACGGAGGGACAACUUUUAAUCGCCAGCGCCUACAACGAUAUUAUCGGAGACUGUGCGUGCGAAAACGUUCCUGAACUCAAGUCUUAUUUUUGGGCACCCGCAGGAACCUGUCACGAACAUUAUACGACGGGACCUUGUCAAGAACGUGGUGGUGUGUUUCUACCUGGGGGCCAAUGCGGUUGCGAUCCGUCUCUGCCACACUAUCACAACGGAACGGGCAAAUGUUACCAACUGGGUGGCAUCGGGCCGUGUCCAGCGGGCCACCAGUUCCUGGUUCCAUCAGGCGGCAAUAAAGCGGAAUGUGCGUGCAAGGAAGGCUACGUCAAGUGGUUCGGCGACGGCGCGUGUUACAGACCUUACACGCGAGGUCCUUGCGCCGCGGGCAACAUGUACAGCGUGAACACCACGGCCACCGGAAUGGCGGUCGGGUGUGUGGAAGUUCCGUGCACCGCGGGCAAACUCUACUUCCCGGGCGGCAAAGGUUGCCAUCGAGUAGGGACACAGGGACCGUGUCCCAGUGGCCAAAUCGUACUGUUCCAGGACACGGUAAAAACGUCCAUCGAGGGUAUAUCGUACUUGGGAAUGUGCGGUUGCGCGAACAACCCGGAUUCAUCGUCUUCGUUUUAUUCGACGUCGUAUGUAGGCGGUGACAAAACGCUUACGUGUAAGCCGGCGCCCAGCACUUCGGCUAGGAAGUUAGACGGCAGCGCAAACGCCAAGAGAACAGAAGCGCAACAAGACCCGUGCGGUCAUCGACGGGGUACUAUCGCUUGGGCCGAUCUUACGUGUAAGCAGCUGUACAUGCAGGGUCCAUGCGAGCCCGGUGAAUGGGUGGUGCCGGACAGAGGUAAGGGUACUCGCAAGGGCCGAGGCUGGAAAAUUGGUAAAUGUGAAUGUCGGCCCGGAUAUACGGUGGCUACGACAGCGGAAGGCCGAACCGUGUGCCAGCCGCCAGCCGUGUCGCUGGCAAAGUUCCUGAACACGAACGCCACCCCUACGGCCGAAGGACAACUACAGCUACAGCAAGACAACAACCAGGACGCCAACGACCAGAGCUUACAAGAUCAAGACGCUAUUCGAAUUCAGCGAUGAACCAUUUUUUAACGUUUAAGCCUUGUAUAUAAUUAUAAUGUACCUUCAGGGUUGUGUCCCGUGCUGUUUUGACAAUUAUACCAACAACUUCUCAAUACAGUUGACAAAAUAGCACGAGCCAUUAUGUACGGAUAUACUAUUAUAUUUGUUAUAAAGUAUUAAAAAACCUUAAUAAGACUGCCGAAUAUAAUAUUAAAGUAGGUAUAUAUUUAUUAGUGAUGGGAAAUAUUCGAAUAGUUUGGAUUCGAAUAUUCGGGAUUCGAAUCCUUCGAAUAUUCAAAUAGUAAUAAUAAUUAAUUUACAAAUAGUUUUUUUUCAACUAUUCGAAUCCGACUAUUCGAAUAUUCGAAUCCAAAUUACAACACUAAUAUUUAUAGUAUAUCAACUGUAAAUAGAUGAUUUUUACUGGAGGUGCUCCAUGUAUACCUAUUACCUACAACUAAAUUAUGUACGAGUAUAUAUUGUAUGUAUAUAUAAUUCUUUAUUAUUCAAAAUUGCGACGUUUUUUUGUCUACUUGCUGUUUUGUAUAAAUUAUUAUUAUUAUUAUAUUCGGACCGGGGAGUCCUAAGAUAAUUAAUCUGACAUAAUCGAUUUGUAUAAUUACACGGUAUCAUGUCAACUAAUUAAACACAUAUUAUUAUUUGUUACUGAUCAUAUAAUAUACCAUGUAUUUAUAUAACUGCAAGAAUAUUAUUUUUGACUUGUAGGUGACAGUUGUAUUAUUCAGCUUCACUGAACCGGCGCGUUUACAAAAAACUUCAUUUAGUAACGUUCGUUCAACUAUAUAGUCGUUUUGAUAAUACUAUACUCAUAUUGUUAAGUUUAAAAUAUAAGACCUAUACUUAUUAUGAUUUAUGUGUCAGUAAUUAAUAUGUUCACUUUAGUUUGUGUGAUUAAUAUUUUAAAGGAUCUAUAUUUUACAUUAUAUUUUAAUGUACUGUAGUCUGUAUGUCCCAGAAUUAAUAUUGAAAAAAACAUAUUUUUGAAAUUAUCUACUUUUUUAAACAGAUAUAUAAAAGGAUUAAUGUAGUAGUCUUUGAGCCGAAACACAGGCAAUGGAGAUUUAUAUUUUAAGCACCGCAAUAGUCAUUCUAGGACGUACUAAUUUAAUAUGUAUGCAGUAUGUUUAUAUAAUAUAAUAUAUCAAGAGUUAAAAAAACAAUAGCAUAACGAUUUUAACAUUAUAUAUCUAUUAUGUACCAUUAUCUAUAUAGAUUUUAAAUAAUAAUUUAACAUAUUAAGAUAAAAUCAAUGUUACCAACAAAUAUAAUAAUGGUUAUUA